CAUGGGUUUCUGAUUGGGCUGUUGACUACGGUGUCCCAGGAGGGACAGAUAAAGAGGGCUGGCAGUAUGCUGCAGAUUUCCAAGUGACGUUUCAUGGUUAUAAGACGAUGAAGGACUUUGUGCGACGCAGGCGGUGGGCUAGGAAGUGUAAGAUCAGCCUUACUGGCCCGUGGCAGAAGGUUCCUCCGAUCGCUCUGACUGACGUCACCGUCUUGCCGUGUCUGGCCCAGUGCAGUCUGGAGCAGGUUCCCGUGUGGGCCAUCAGUGAGAAGGGAGAUGUGCUGUGCCGUCUGGGAGUCACCGCCAACAACCCGGCUGUGAGAACUAAACCGUGUCACUAUCCUGCACCCACUCUCACAAAACAGGGCCACGUGAUCUCCAAGAUUUCAUUUCAGUUGAAAAGUCGAGAGGAAAUAAUCUUUUCUCACCUCAGGCCCAAAGUAAACGCCACAGACACUGAGAAACCACCAAAGGAAGACACAUCCCGAAUGGGUUAA